AUGGUAUCAAAGCCGAUGACGAGUCAGCUGUCGAGGGUGAAAGAGUACGUUGGACGGGUUGUGUCAGGAAACGUUACAACUCUUUCGAAAAUUGCAACUCUGUUUGAAGUAAAAGACUUCAAUUCUUUACUUGGAGCUAACAAUUUACCACUUGAUACACCACCAAGCCAAUCAGUGGCUGUGAACGCGACUGUCAAAAUUCCGUUCACCUGUUCUUGUAACAACGGAACAGGAAUCUCCGAUAAAAGUCCGACUUAUAAAGUAAAAACAGGUGAUUUUCUAGAUCACAUAGCGAGGGAUAUAUUUUCAUUGUUGUUUACGUAUCAAGAAAUUGCAGCCGUUAAUAAUAUUAGUAAUCCUGACUUAAUUGACGAUGGUCAAUUAUUGUGGAUCCCGCUACCGUGUAGCUGUGAUAAUUUGGAUGGAGAUCAAGUCUUUCACUAUGCACAUGUGGUGAGGCGUGCUCACGGUGACGGAGAUGUGGAAACUUUGGAUAUGAUUGCGAGGGAGUUAGGGGUUACAGUUGAGAGUAUAUUGAAACUUAAUGAUGGUAAGGAAGAGCCUGAUCCUGAAACAUUUCUUGAUGUUCCGUUAAGAGCUUGUAAGUCUACCGUAAGCAAUAAUACAUCUCCGGAUUUCCCGUUGCUAGUCCCAAAUGGGACUUACGCUCUUACUGCCAACAACUGUAUCAGGUGCAAGUGUGACUACUACAACAAAAACUCGACAUUACAUUGCGAGCCAUCUCCUUCAGAGGUCAAAGUUCAGAACUGGCAACAAUGUCCUUCUGUCAGAUGCAUAAGCAGUGGAGUCGAAGCCAACGGAUCGAGUUAUGCACUCGGGCAAAGAUCUUUCAUAGACAACACUGGUUGUAAUGAGACUAGAUGUGCAUACACUGGUUACAACAAUCGGUCUAGGACAAUCUCUGCAUCCCUAGUCAACGGAUCCAUAUGCCCUGGUGAGUACCGGAACCACAUACUCUUUAACUUAUUGCCAGGAUAA